GAGUUGUGUUUUACAGCGAGUGAGCACGGUCCAGGAACGCUAGCUAGCUCUUGUUCUAGGCCGGGUGGCAAGACCUACGGACCGAUAGCAUAUUGAAACUAUUGAAAGAAUUUUGGGAAUAUUUGCAUAAACUUCAACUUUCGUGCCACUUUUCGUGAAUUUGAACUGUCGUAAUACCACAGAAAAGCGAAAACAGCUCCGAAAAGAGCGUUCCCGAAGUAAACAUCCCACCAUCCCGUGAAUGUCAAACUCUGAAGUUUUUUCUAAAAUACGAUCGGGGAUUUGUUCUGGAUAAAGCUACCUGUCUUUUUAAAGUACCUUGCCUUGGUCACAACUUCAUUUUCACGUGUUUUGUGAUCGCGGUGCGAAUUUUUGUUAAAAAAGAAUAUCUCAGUAAUCGGCGGAAAACAGGAAAAUGAGUGAGGUGAUUGAGCUGCGGCGGGAGCAAUCGAUCCGGGAGUUCGAGUGCAUGAAACACCUGAAACUGUUCACGGACGAGGAAAUUGCGGGCAUCAAAACGAAACGGCUCAACCAUGAGUACAAAACCGAGCGCCGGCAAAAGAACCUGGUCGACUUUAUCAACUACAUCGCGUACGAAAAGAACGUUCUACAGCUGUUGCGGGAACGGCGUCGUAAGCUGCACGUGAACCGCGAGUACACCAGCCUCGAAGGAGCCAUCCACAAGCGCAUCCGUGUGCUGUACAAGCGAGCGCUGGCACGGUUCCCUUCCGAGUACCGGUUGUGGGAACAUUUCGUAGAGCACUGCCGAAAGCACCGGAAGAUUGUCGAGGGUUCGGAAGCGCUGGCCAAGAUGCUCAACUAUCACGGCGAUAAACCGAAGGCCUGGAUCCGCACCAUUGAAUGGGAGUACCGGAAGGCGAAGAACAUGCAUACAGCUAGACAUUUCGCUGUUCGCGGCCUGCAGCGGCAUCCCACCUGUGGCGAGAUACAUCUUGCCUUCAUCGGUAUACAGAUGGCCGAGGCAACGAAGCUAGUGAAGGAAGCUAAAGAGACGGCGGAAGAAAUGCUUGCCGAAAACAACGUCUCGCUCUGCAAGCAGCUGGAAUCGGCCUCCCUGGUAUACGAGAACUACGAGCACAAAGAUGUUGCCUUCUUCGCAAAGCUACUGGAACAGCUGAGCGAGUAUCGUCCUUUGUCGAACGCACUGGGAGAGCGAGCACUGGAGGAGAUGCGUACACUGUUUGCCGACAACUCUGAGGAGAUGUGGAACAUCCUGGCCAACUUAGCUCUCGAUGGUAACGCUUUCCUUCUCGAAGGGAAAGACGAAGUCAAAGUGGCCGUGACGCUGAAGCAAAGGUUGAAUCUAUGCAUUGAAACGUUCCGCGAAGGCCUCGAUAGACUAAAAACGAAGAAACUCUACUCACAUUACAUUGAAACCAUGCUAAAGCUGAACGCUACGCAGUCGGAAGAUAUUGCAGAGGAGAAAGCAAAACGAAAGGCACUGGCUGCCGCAUUCCGCGAGACACUGGAAGCCGAUCAGAUGGAAGAAGAGAAGCUAAUACAAUAUCUGAAGUUGCUUCUGCUCAACGACAAUCCGAAGGAGGAGCUAAUAAUGAACGUUAUAGACAAGGGCUUACAGCAAUUCCCCCAUUCAAGCGACAUCUGGACCCAUUACUUGCGCUAUCUUAUACAGAAAGAAGCGGAACUGAAAGAGGUAGAACGCGUCUUUCAAAAGGCUGUAAAAAGCCUCGAUUCUGAUAAAAACAAGUUGCCUGUGUGGAAAAUGCUGCUGCAAUAUUUCCAAACUCGGCCAGAUUUGCCGGAUAAAGUGGAGAAAUUUUUCCUACAAGCUAUCCAACAGAGCCCCAGCAUUUCGCACCAUUUUCAACCACUGUACCUCGAUUUCCUGCUUUUCACCAAGAACGGAAUCACGGAGGUUCGCAAGGAGUACAACCGUUUGGUGAAAAACUUUACCACCACACUAGACCUGCAUCAGAAGAUGGCCAGUUUGGAAGCUGCCGAAACGCAACCGAAUGUAACCGAGUGGCGCAAAUGCCUGGAGCAGGCGACUCACUUCUAUGGCAAAACAACGGCAAUCGUCUGGCUCGACUACAUCCGGUUCGAAAUUGAGCAUGGAAGCCCGCGAAAGAUGCAGACACUGUACGAACGGGCCAAAGGCAUGCUGGAUGAGGAGACUUUUGGUGUGUUUCUUCCCGAGUAUGAACUAUUGAAGAACCCGUUACUAUAGGUUCCAUGGUGCAUCGGGUGGUAUGUGAAGGAGACCACGAUAAAUGGAAAUAAAAAGAUUUUUUUCUUUUGUACAAAAAUUCAA